UGGAAUGGUGGUGGUACGAUGGAAAGUGAGGGUACUACUACUGCCGAUGCUAUGGUUCCUCUUCCCGGGGAUUCCCCUGCUGGCCAUUCGUCUUACGCCCUGCCAACUCGCCGGCCAGUUGUACAUACUUGAUGUACCCAAAACGGAACUUCCUCUGUGGCUAUGCAUUGCCCAGUUCGAGAGUCGUUUCAAUACGCAUGUUGUGGGCCAACGCAAUGACGACGGUUCCCGGGACUAUGGACUCUUCCAGAUCAGCGAUCGUUACUGGUGUGCGCCACCAAAUCAGACGGAAUACCACACCUUUAACGAGUGCAAUGUGAACUGUACGCGCCUGCUGGGCGAGGAUAUCACAAUGGCUGUCCAAUGUGCCCGGCGAAUCCAGAAGCAGCAGGGCUGGACGGCCUGGUCCGUGUACCCAGAGUUCUGCAACGGAACUCUGGAGGACAUUGACGAGUGCUUUCAGCCGGGCAAUACCACCACUAUCGAAUGUUCGGACGAGGUCAGAGGUUGUUAGUGAUAGUCUCAGACCGUUCUUAUGUCAU